AUGCGCCAUCUACUGGCGUUCAUCUGCCUCCUUCCUCUCGUUUCCUGGGUCACUGCAGCCGACUACUAUGAGCAACUGAAUCUACGUCCACUUCCCUUGUCUGCGCUACUGGCGAGCUUCAACUUCCGUUCGAACACGUCCUUCUACGACUUUGAGUCCCACAACUUCCGUUAUUUCCCCAGAUCGCUGGGCCAGAUCCUACAGCAUGCGGGCACUCGAGAACUGCAUUUGAGGUUCAGCCUUGGCCGGUGGGAUGCUGAAAGCUGGGGCACCAGGCCAUGGGAGGGGCAACGGGAGGGAGGCACGGGCGUCGAGCUCUGGGCUUGGCUUGAGUCUGAGAGCGACGAGGAGGCCGAUGAGAAGUGGUUGAUCCUGACAAACGCUCUCUCGGGUCUCUUCUGCGCGUCCCUCAACUUCGUCGACGGCACCCGAACCACCCGCCCCGUCAUGUCCUUCCAACCCGAAGGGGACCACCCGACGUCUUCGAUCCCGAAUCUUCGCCUACUACACGGCGUGCUUCCGAAGGAGGUGGUGUGCACGGAGAAUCUCACUCCGUUUUUGAAGCUUCUCCCGUGCAAGGGCAAGGUGGGCGUUUCCACCCUGUUGGACGGUCAUAAGCUCUUCGACUCUGCCUACCAGAGCAUGGCCAUCGACGUCAAACCCAUCUGCCCCGAAGAUGGCGACUGCGUCUUGGAGAUUGAGCAGACCAUCGACAUGGUUCUCGACAUCGAGCGGUCCCAGCGGCCCCAGGAGAUUCCACGCCCGCCGCCUAGUCGGGACCUCAAGUGCGACACUUCCAAGCCGUAUCAUGCACCGAACACCUGUUUCCCUCUCGGUUACAACGCGUCCCAAGAGUGGUCUCUGUCUCAGGUCUUCGGCCAUCCCAUGAAGGGCACGUGUCCUCUCACGGACCCGGAGAUACCGCCCGUGUGCAUCCAGGUUCCCCAUUCCAGAAGUGUCUACACGUCCGCUGGAGUUCACCAGAUGAAGAACGCGGAUGGCAGGUCUAGAUGCUUUACAUUCGACUCGGAGGGCGACUUUGAUAUUAUCCUCCCCGCUCCCGACGCAGAUGACACGGGAGAAAUCAUUGCGAACACCACGACGACCAUGACGACGACGGACGACGAGCUUAUUAAAUCACCGACUCCCCUUAUUUAUGCCGAGCGCAGCUUAAUGGGACAUGGCCAGGAGCGCGGAGGAGUUCAGACCAUUCUCACCAACCCCAGCCAAGACACCGAAGUCGAAUUCAUCUACAUGGAAUCGUUGCCCUGGUUCAUGAGGGUCUAUCUCCACACCUUGAACGCCAGACUCGAAGGAUCACGGGGGAAAGCCCAGCCCGCCAUGAUCGAGGACAUCUACUACCGCCCCGCCGUGGAUCGUGCGAGAGGCACGCAACUCGAGCUGCGCAUGCGGAUCCCGCCCGCCUCGACCGUCUUCCUCACCUACGACUUUGAGAAGACCAUCCUCCGCUACACGGAGUACCCCCCCGAUGCCAAUCGCGGCUUCGACGUCGCCGCCGCCGUCAUCACCACCGUCCGCCCCCGCGUGCAGAGCGUGAGGACCACGACCCUGCUGCUGAACCUCCCCGUUCCGGAUUUCAGCAUGCCUUAUAAUGUCAUCAUCUUCACGUCGACGGCCAUUGCCCUUGCUUUCGGCGGCAUGUACAACAUCCUCGUCCGCCGUCUCGUUGCUGCCGACGAGGCACCGAGUCGCCUAGCCCGAGCCAAGCUGGGCAAGUUGAUAGAGAAGUUUAGGUCCAGGAAGUCGACACGGAAAUAG